AUGAAACCAGAUGAUGAGGCCGGUAUGAAUAGGGUGCUGGAUACCCUUCAGAUUCCGCGUGGGUUUCCUCAGACGUCGGGGGCUGCCGUUCCUGUUCUCCAGAAAACGCCGCCUGCUGAGACAAAGGCUCCUGUAGUCGCCGGUCAAUCUCCUUCUCAGAGUCCGGCCGCUGCUAGUCCCGGCGUUCCAAACCAGACGACAGAACUGCUUGCUCCAGGUGUAUCGUCAGCGCAGGAUACGUCUUCUAGUGGACAGUUCCCUUCGCCUGAGGGCUGGAACCCCUUUGGAAUGGUGCGCGGUGCCUCCGACAAUCAGAACUUCGUUCAUUGGGGGUUUACAUUGCCAACGGCGGAGAGCCUGGACAACAUCUAUGCCAAUCUAAAUGCAGGCUCCGGUGGUCCUGGUGUCCAUGUACCCGGAAUGCCUAUCAACAACGGACUCAGUCCAGAUAGUCUACAGCUGGGAAUAGACAUGGUCCCGCAAGCUAAUACUCAACUGGGCCAGUUACCACCCGAUGCGGAGCAUGAUUCGGACAGCGGAGAAGAAGACGAGGCAGAGAACGACGUCAUCGAGCAAUUAUCCCAUCGUAUCGGAACUCUGAAGAUUGCCGGAGAUGGUCACCUCCGAUUCUACGGUGCAACUUCUAAUCUUAACCUGGUGGAUGUGUCUGCGACUCAGCAGCGCCAGCGACCAGAUGCGCGUACUGUCCGUCAUGAUGGUCAGGAUAUUUUGAAUCAUCUUAGGGUUGGACAGCCUGUUGACCAGGCUCUUGAGGAUCAUCUUGUGGAGCUUUACUUCACCUGGCAGAACCCUAGCACCUAUGUUGUUGAUAAAGAGAUGUUUAUGACUGCACGAUCUAAAUGGCGAAAUGAGUUUGAUGAUACUCCUUUUUACUCGGAGGUUUUGACUAAUGCGAUGUGUGCAAUUGGGAGUGCUUUCGAAGCACGGUACCACCCCACUUUCAUCACGUUCCCCAAAUCUUUGUCUGAGUUCUUUGCAGACCGAGCUAAGGCUCUGCUGGAAAUUGAGCUUGAUUCUCCUUGUGUCGCGACUGUCCAGGCUUUGGUUAUCAUGAGCUGUCACGAGGGAGCUUCGAACCGUGAUGCGCGCGGUUGGCUGUAUAGCGGAAUGUCAAUGCGUCUCGCUUUCGACCUUGGUCUCCAUUUGGAUAUGUCAGCAUACGUCAGUAGGGGCGAUAUCACUCAAGCCGAGGCUGAUGUACGCCGUGCGGCCUUCUGGGGAAGCUAUGUUGCUGACCAUUUCUGGGGCUUUUACUUGGGACGCCCAUUCCGCAUGAACGCUGGCGACAUCAGUGUGCCGAAACCUGCUUCUUCUCUCGGGCCAGAAAAGGAAGAUACAUGGCAUCCAUACGGGCACCAAGCUGCACAAGGAAUGCUUCAAAAUGGGAUAAAGAAUCCUACGGAAUUGAUUUGCAGGCAGUUUGUUGUGUUGUGGGAGAUGAUUUCUCCAGUUGGUCAUAUCUUGUAUGGAUGUUCUGAUAUCUCUCGGCAUGACUUGCAAAGAUUAUGCUACCAAGUAACCGAAGAUCUGUUCGCUUGGAAAGAGAAUCUACCAUCCAGUCUAGAGAUUGACCUGGACGAUGAUAUCUCACCCAAACUACCUCAUCUAAUGAUGCUUCACAUGCAGUACCACCAAAUCAUCAUCUUCUUCCACCGGCCCUGGCUCUCUAAGAGCUAUAUCCAACCCCAAGCUCCGCGACAAGGCCCAGGCUACCACCACGCACGCCGGAUGUGCGUUGAAUCUGCCACAGCCGUCGCACGCCUCCUCCACCUCUACGAAAAGCACUACACCUUCCGCCGCAUGAACAACCAAGUCGUAGCGAUAAUCUUCAGCGCAGCCCUAAUGCUCCUCUUCGUAACAGUCUCCAGUUCGCCCAUGAGCCCCGGCAAGUCCGGCAACAGCCCAACUUACCCCCGCAGCGCCGAGAUGGUUGCCUAUCUCAACCUCUGCUUCCGCGCUCUCGAUGAGCUAGGCCAAUCCUUCGAAAAUGCCAAGCGAACGCGCGACUACCUUGUUACUCUUCAACGUCGUUGGCAAGCACACAUGCGUCGCUCAGGUUCAGCCACGAAGCGCCAGAUCAGCAGUGCGAAUCUGCAAUCAAUGUCUUUACACCCUCCAACUAAACAAUAUGGUCGCGCUGCCAAUACCCAGGGGGUAGAAUCACGCAAGAAAUCUCGUUUGUCUGUUUCUGAGCCUCAACCUCAUAUGCAAUCGGCCUCGGCUAUGCCACCUAGUCACCAACAUCAUCUCCCUCAACAAUCUUUUCCGCAUCAACAACAACCCUAUCAAACGCCCUUCUCCACCUCUCAGCUCGGUGACCUAGACUGGAUCCGAGACUCUGACUUACGCCUUCUAUCCGAAACGCAUGGCGCGAAUGGAAAUACCCAUGCGCCUCCUAAUGGCAUGGCUCACAUGUCUUCGCGGCCGUUCCCUGAUGAUCCUAAUAUGCUGGCUGAUCUUGGGGAUAUUGAUGGGUGGUGGCAGCCGCAAAAUGAUACACCCGGUAUGGGAGGACCGUCUUUAUAA